AUGUCUCCGUCAACCUUGCUCUCCCUCGGUUCCGCGAUUCUAGCCGUGUUCCUCUUCUGGACAUUAUCCUCAACCACGUCCUCACCCUUCGGCGGUGCAUUCCCACGUCUAUACAACAAGCGGAUAUGUCUGCUGAUCGCCCACCCUGACGAUGAAGCCAUGUUCUUCGCGCCCACGGUAUUGGCCCUGACCAGGCCGGAAUACGGCAACCACCUCAAGAUCCUCUGCCUCAGCAGUGGAGACGCCGACGGACUGGGCCACAUCCGCAAAAAGGAGCUCGUGAAAAGCGCCCUGCAACUGGGCCUACGCCAAGAAUCGGACGUAUACAUCAUCGACGACCCCUCCCGUUUCCGCGACAGCAUGUCAAUCCAGUGGACAGAGUCCGACGUAUCAGCUGUUCUCGAACACGCCUUUGCUCCUGAACUCAGCGAUAGCACCAAUUCCAAGAAGAAGUCGAAUAAAGCUGGCUCUGCACCUACGGCGACUAUCGACGUGCUCUUGACCUUCGAUAAGGGAGGUAUCAGCAACCACUCUAAUCACCGAUCUCUGUACCACGGCGCUGUUCAUUUCCUGCGUACCCUGAUGAAGGACAAACCCGGGUAUACCUGUCCGGUCACUCUGUAUACGCUCACCACGACGAAUCUUCUGCGUAAGUACGCUGGUAUUCUGGAUGCGCCGUUUACGAUGGUUCGGGGCGCGCUGAACUCCCUAAUUGGCCGUGGUGGGAGCUCCAAGGGCCAGCUUCCUUCUCGGCUUCUGUUUGUCAGCUCCGUUAAUGAAUGGAUGACUGCGCAGUCGGCUAUGGUCAAGGCACAUCAGAGCCAGAUGGUGUGGUUCCGGUGGGGUUGGAUUACGAUUGGUCGGUACAUGGUGGUGAAUGACUUGAAGGCGGAGAAGAUAUGA